AUGGAGAGUUCUUGGCUAGCAUAUACCAUUUGUGAAGAGACGCUGGUGCAGGCUCUCCAGGCAGCUGAGCCUUCCCUGCUGUAUCGACAUAUCAAUUGCUAUGCAGGUGCAGUAGGCCUCCCUGGCUGGACUGGGGAUGACAGGUGGAGUGCUGCCGUGCAAGCAAUUCGUCAUGGAAAAACUCCAAAAGAUGCUGCUUCUGUUCGAGCUACACAUCCUAUACCUGCAGCCUGUGGCAUAUACUAUUUCGAAGUUAAAAUUGUCAGUAAGGGAAGAGAUGGUUACAUGGGGAUCGGACUUUCUGCACAGGGUGUGAACAUGAACAGACUACCAGGUUGGGAUAAACAUUCAUAUGGUUACCAUGGAGAUGAUGGACAUUCAUUCUGUUCCUCUGGCACUGGCCAGCCCUAUGGCCCAACAUUUACUACGGGUGAUGUCAUUGGCUGUUGUGUCAACCUUAUCAAUAAUACCUGCUUCUACACAAAGAAUGGACACAGCUUGGGCAUCGCUUUCACAGAUUUACCGCCAAACUUGUACCCUACAGUAGGGCUUCAAACACCAGGAGAGGUUGUGGACGCUAAUUUUGGACAACAUCCCUUUGUUUUUGAUAUUGAAGACUAUAUGCGAGAAUGGAGAACCAAAAUUCAAGCGCAGAUUGACAGAUUUCCAAUAGGAGAUCGGGAAGGAGAGUGGCAAACAAUGAUUCAGAAAAUGGUAUCAUCUUACUUAGUUCACCAUGGAUACUGUGCAACAGCAGAGGCAUUCGCCAGAUCCACGGACCAGACUGUGCUAGAAGAAUUAGCUUCCAUUAAAAAUAGACAAAGAAUUCAGAAAUUGGUUUUAGCAGGAAGAAUGGGAGAAGCCAUUGAAACAACACAACAGUUGUAUCCAAGUUUACUAGAAAGAAAUCCUAAUCUCUUAUUUGCAUUAAAGGUGCGCCAGUUCAUAGAGAUGGUGAAUGGUACAGACAGUGAAGUGCGGUGUUUGGGCGGCCACAGUCCAAAAUCUCAAGAUAGUUACCCUGUUAGCCCACGCUCAUUCAGUAGUCCUAGCAUGAGUCCCAGCCAUGGAAUGAAUAUUCACAAUUUGGCAACAGGCAAAGGGAGCAGCACACACUUUUCUGGGUUUGAAAGUAGUUGCAGUAAUGGAGUAAUAUCAAAUAAAGCUCAUCAGUCUUACUGUCACAGUAAACACACAACCACCAGCUUGAAUGUACCAGAGCUCAACAACAUAAACGUAUCAAGAUCACAGCAGGUUAACAGCUAUUCCAGCAAUGAUGUAGACAUGGAAACAGAUCACUACUCCAAUGGGGUUGCUGAGACUUCAUCCAAUGGCUUCCUAAAUGGUAGUUCUAAACAUGAUCACGAAAUGGAAGAAUGUGACACAGAAAUGGAAGUAGAUUCCAGUCAGCUAAGACGUCAGCUCUGUGGCGGCAGCCAAGCGGCCAUUGAAAGAAUGAUCCAUUUUGGAAGAGAACUGCAAGCUAUGAGUGAGCAGCUAAGAAGAGAAUGUGGCAAAAACACGGCGAAUAAGAAAAUGCUUAAGGAUGCAUUCAGUUUACUUGCGUAUUCGGAUCCCUGGAGCAGCCCUGUUGGAAAUCAGCUUGACCCGAUACAACGGGAACCUGUGUGCUCUGUACUCAACAGUGCAAUACUAGAGACUCACAAUCUGCCAAAGCAACCACCGCUUGCCCUAGCAAUGGGACAAGCGUCGCAGUGUCUAGGAUUGAUGGCUCGGUCGGGAAUCGGAUCCUGUGCGUUUGCCACAGUGGAAGACUACCUACACUAGCUAUGCAUUUGAAAAUCUGGAAGGUGGUGUGACAUACUCCACAUGGAAAGCAGACCAGCUCUGCUGACUGGAAUUUGGAAUUUUAAUUAUGUACUAAGGACAAGUCUGUCGCUUUAUGUUGCUUCCUAGUUUACAGCAUGAUGCAAAUGAUUUCUAACUUAGCGUUAGGAGAACAUUUCCACCUUUAAACCUCUUAGACAAGUAAGAGUUGAAAGUAUCAGUGAUAAAGUCAGACAUCCAAAUUGACCAGUGCAAAUCCUUUCAACAACUGUCCAAAACAAACUAAAAAUCCUGCUACCUUGUGGUGGGAUGAAAUAGAAAACAUGGAUGUAUUAGCAUGUGGGUGAUGUAAACGUCAUGCGGGAUGACUUGCCAACCCCCACCCCCAUUGUUACAUAGUUCAGUGUAAUUUGCAAAAUGCAUAAACACCUGAUGGUUUGGAUAUAUAGUGUGGAUGGGAAGAAAUGAUAUUUUUUAAUGUGUACUGUAAAACUUGAAAUUACUCAGGAGCUGAGUGAACAUGUUUGUUGCUACUUACAAUCCCAACCUGUUGAUCUUAGUAGUUUUUUUUGUUUUAACAUGGUCUUUUCAACUCUGUUUCCUUGUUUAACUACAGACAGCUUCUGUUGUGUAGACUCACCAGUUUAACUGUUGUAUUAUAACAGUAUUACAUGUCAACACAGUGUGGUUAUGACCUAUUUAUAUAAAAACCAAAUAUUUAGUCAAUUUACAGUCUUAAUUUAAUCUUUGUACACCUUGCAUUUUUAAAAGUGCUUAAAUAGUACUAUAUUGCAAUAAAAUGUAGUGAUACCAUAA